GCCACCCAAAAAGCAGAAAAUGGGGAUGAGCUGCGGACACCCCAGAAAGACCUGGCUGCAUUCUGUAGCCCUGCCAAGAGUCCCACCAAGAAAGUCAGCAGAAUGGCAUCCCUGCGUGCACAUGAUUGUGAAACUACCCAUGGCAGUUGUAAUCUUUUUCUUGGAACCAACUACCAUAGAUGCAUCAGCCAAAUUACAGUUGGUUAUGAUGCUUCUGGUCAGUUUGCAGUUGGACUUUCUCACUGGAAGAAUCCCUACUCUCAAGUUGGUCACCAUCUCCCUUUCUGUGUCAAUGAAGAUGCUGGCACGUGUCGAUAUUUUGUGCCACCAAUGGAUUUAUCAACUCCGUUGUCCUGCCCAGCUUCACUGUCUAUCACCCCAGUGCCUUCUUACAGCAGCAGCAGCAGCCAGGACACACUUAGUCAAGACCCCUCAGGUAGAAGCUUAUCCAUUCAUGGGGCUGAAAAGUGUGUGCAGAUUUACCCAAGGAGAAGUGCAGCAGGCCAUCAGUUAUCACAGCGACUGCCUGUGGUUAGGCAUUCUUCAUCCCCACAAGUCAGAAGGUCAAUAAAAAUGGAAGCUUCAUCUUCAGGCAUAACAUCAGCUGUGACUCAGCUCUUUCAUCCAAAAGGAAGAGAGCAUUGUCAAAGUCGCCAGCUGGAAACGCAAAUACCAAUAAGGCUUGACGUUCAGAAGCGGGAUGUGGACUUUUCAGAAAUUCUUAAUGCAAUACAAGAAAUAGCCAAGGAUGUCAACAUUUUCUUUGAUGAAUUAGAGGGCAUAACCAGCCCUUCCAAAGAUGACGAUUCUUUGCUUCACCAUGGUAACUUGACUAGUACUUCAGAGGACACUAGCAGAUUGGAGGCAAUAGGGGAGAGAUUAUCAGAAAAAAAUAAAUCCAGUGGCCUAUAUUUUAGGGAUGGAAAAUGUCGGAUUGACUACAUCUUGGUAUACAGAAAAUCCAACCCACAAACUGAAAAAAGAGAAGUAUUUGAAAGAAAUAUCAGAGCAGAAGGGCUUCAAAUGGAGAAAGAGUCAUCAUUAUCGAACAGUGAUAUCAUCUUUGUGAAGUUGCAUGCCCCAUGGGAAGUGUUGGGCAAAUAUGCAGAAGUUAUGAAUGUAAGAAUGCCAUUCAGGCCCUUUAACCCCUUCAGUGCUGGAGCCCCCUGCAUACUCGUGCCCUGCUGUUUUUUAAAUGGACAUUUCUUUGAAAACAAUGGAAAGUCGAGAAGAUCCAGGAGAAAAAUCUAUUACCUGCACCGCCGGUACAAGUUCCUGAACAGAAUCGAGAAACAAUUAAGCAGGUUUCGAGGAUGGUUACCUAGAAAGCCAAUGAGGCUGGACAAGGAAAGGCUGCCAGACCUGGAGGAGAAUGACUGCUACACUGCCCCAUUCAGUCAGCAAAGGAUUCAUCACUUCAUCAUCCACAACAAAGACACAUUCUUCAACAAUGCUACAAGAAGUAGAAUUGUUCAUCAUAUUUUACAGAGAGUGAAAUAUGAAGAAGGAAAAAACAAAAUUGGUCUGAAUCGUUUGCUUACUAAUGGCUCCUAUGAAGCUGCAUUUCCUCUUCAUGAGGGUGGUUACAGAAGUAAAAAUUCCAUAAGAACCCAUGGGGCAGAAAACCACAGGCAUCUGCUGUAUGAAUGUUGGGCUUCGUGGGGAGUUUGGUAUAAAUACCAGCCUUUGGAUCUUGUACGGCGGUAUUUUGGUGAGAAAAUUGGCUUGUACUUUGCCUGGUUAGGCUGGUACACAGGAAUGCUCUUCCCAGCUGCCUUCAUUGGACUGUUCGUCUUUUUGUAUGGAGUAGCCACAUUGAAACACUGCCAAGUCAGUAAAGAAGUCUGCCAAGCUACAGGCAUUAUAAUGUGUCCUAUUUGUGAUAAAUACUGCCCCUUCAUGAGGUUGUCAGACAGCUGUGUUUAUGCCAAGGUAACACAUCUUUUUGACAAUGGAGCUACUGUCUUUUUUGCUGUUUUCAUGGCAGUGUGGGCAACUGUUUUCCUGGAAUUUUGGAAAAGGAGAAGAGCUGUAAUUGCCUAUGACUGGGACUUGAUAGACUGGGAAGAAGAGGAGGAAGAAAUACGGCCCCAGUUUGAAGCGAAGUACUCCAAGAAAGAGCGAAUGAAUCCCAUAUCUGGAAAGCCAGAGCCUUAUCAAGCAUUUGCAGAUAAAUGCAGCAGAAUUAUUGUUUCUGCUUCUGGAAUAUUUUUUAUGAUCUGUGUGGUGAUUGCUGCUGUUUUUGGCAUUGUUAUUUACCGUGUCGUGACUGUCAGCACUUUUGCUGCCUUUAAAUGGGCUUUAAUCAGGAAUAACUCUCAGGUUGCAACUACUGGGACUGCAGUGUGCAUCAACUUUUGCAUCAUCAUGCUAUUGAAUGUCCUGUAUGAAAAGGUUGCCCUUUUUCUGACAAAUUUAGAGCAGCCUCGUACUGAGUCUGAGUGGGAGAACAGCUUUACUUUGAAAAUGUUCCUUUUUCAGUUUGUCAAUCUGAAUAGCUCUACCUUUUAUAUAGCAUUCUUCCUUGGAAGAUUUACAGGUCACCCUGGUGCCUACUUGAGGCUGAUAAACAGAUGGAGACUAGAAGAGUGCCACCCUAGUGGAUGCCUUAUAGAUCUCUGUAUGCAAAUGGGUAUUAUAAUGGUGCUAAAGCAGACUUGGAACAAUUUCAUGGAACUAGGCUAUCCGUUAAUUCAGAAUUGGUGGACCAGAAGGAGAUUACGGCAGGAGUAUGGCUCACUGCGAAAAGCAAACUUCCCACAAUGGGAGAAAGAUUAUAACCUUCAGCCUAUGAAUGCCUACGGACUCUUUGAUGAAUACCUAGAAAUGAUUCUUCAGUUUGGAUUCACAACCAUCUUUGUGGCAGCUUUUCCGCUCGCUCCACUUUUGGCCUUACUUAACAAUAUUAUUGAAAUCCGACUGGAUGCGUACAAAUUUGUCACACAAUGGAGACGGCCAUUGGCUUCAAGAGCCAAAGAUAUAGGAAUCUGGUAUGGAAUUCUGGAAGGCAUAGGGAUUCUUUCUGUCAUCACAAAUGCAUUUGUUAUAGCUGUAACUUCAGAUUUCAUCCCCCGGCUCGUUUAUGCUUACAAAUAUGGACCAUGUGCAGGUCAAGGGGAGGCUGGACAAAAGUGCAUGGUUGGCUACGUCAACGCAAGUUUAUCAGUAUUUUUAGUGUCUGACUUUGAAAAUCGAUCAGAACCAUCAUCAAAUGGAAGUGAGUUCUCAGGCUCGCCUUUAAAAUAUUGCAGGUACAGAGAUUAUCGCGACCCCCCUGAUGCUCCUGUGCGCUAUGGCUAUACACUACAGUUCUGGCAUGUUUUAGCUGCUCGGUUGGCUUUUAUUAUCGUAUUUGAGCACCUCGUCUUUUGCAUAAAACACCUGAUUUCCUAUUUAAUCCCAGACCUUCCCAAAGAUCUGAGGGAUCGAAUGAGAAGAGAAAAAUAUCUGAUUCAGGAAAUGAUGUAUGAAGCAGAACUGGAGCGUCUCCAGAAAGAGCGGAAGGAGAGGAAAAAAAAUGGAAAAUCCUAUCACAAUGAGUGGCCAUAAAUGGCUCCACAAGAACACUACCUUCAAGAGAAUGCGGGGGGAAAUGCAACCUCAAUGCAUGCCACAGCAUUUGACAUAGCAAACAGGGCAGAACAUUUCAAGGAGUUUACUACUGUGAAAUCAUCUUUCAAUCUGCACAUGAUUAAUAUUCAAAGGUCAUUCUAGACUAAACAAGCAUGUAACUCCACUUUUUAAAAUCAAGGAGACUUCUAUACCAAGGACAAUUUUUCAGCCUGUUUGCUACUUUUUUGCAUUAUAUCCCAUGCCACUUUUUCAGCUCAAAUAAUAUGCAUAAAAAUCUGGAUACUUUAGUGAUGCCUAUUAUAUCUCUUACCAAGAUACCAUGUACAAUCAGACAUGCUGUUUACAUAGCUGUUCUUUUUCUUUUCUUUUAAAAGGAAUUAUGUUAUAUACCAUACAUAUGUAUAAUAUAUAAAAUAUAUAUAGAAAUAUUGUUUAUUUGUAAAUAGAAAAAAAAUCAAAACUAUGGCAAAGAAUGUCAAAUUUUCACACUUUAAAAAUAUCGUCAACAUAAAGCCAUGUUUAAGCGCUUCUAUAAUGUAAACAAUAAAUUUAAAAUAAAUUAUGGAUGAAAUUCUU